GAGAUCUCCGGUUUUUCCCACAUUCGGCGCUCUUGCUCGCUUUAGCCCUAAUCUCUCGAUUUCGAAGUGGAAAUUUCUCUUCUAUAUGAGGAACGGAAUGCGGUACCAUGGCGGCGGUGAUGAUCACCGGCAGGAAUCUCAUUUCCUCGAAGCUUGCUUCCUCUGCCGGAGGCCGCUCGGAUUCAACCGAGACAUUUUCAUGUACAAAGGUAACACGCCGUUCUGUAGCAAAGAGUGCCGGCAGGAACAGAUUGAAAUGGACGAAGCGCAGGAGAAGAGCUGGAGAAUGUCUUCGUCGUCAUCGGCGGAUAAAACGACUGCGUCUGGUAAGAAGAACGUAAGGACGGAUACAGUUGCAGUGGCGUGAGUUCCGAUGAAGAAAUCUUGAGAUAAAGAACGGAAAACAGAGAAAGAAAAGGAAAUUCAGAUUCAAAUGCGAGAGGAAAAGAUUGGUGUUCUUCGAACACAGAAACACAAAAGGAGAGAAAGAAAUGGAAAUUCAGAUUGAGAUUUCUUCCUGUGGAGAAGAAUCGAUUGGCAGAGGCUAUACAGAACUGUUCUGCUUCAAUCUCUCUACUCAGCUUUUCAAUUUUUUGUUUAAAUUAUAAAUAAAAAAAGUUUGAAUUU